AACAGCAGGAUCCGAGGACCAUUGUCCGUCCCGGUCCCGGAGGGUGACAACACGGGACCUGUUUCAGGACAGGACUGAACGCAACUAACAAAGUACCGGGCUCCCGAGAACAUUUCCUCCGAGAACAGGGAAAACUGGAUAUUUAAAGGGCAAAGAAACCGUCUAAUAUGUGUUUUUAAAGGACAGGUCCCGAUCUGAAACAUUCAUAUUCGACUGUUUACUUCUUGCAGCUGCUGCUGAAGGAAUCGGUCAAGUGUGCUGAACUUUGGACUUUGCAACUUUGCUGCUCUGGUUAAAUUCAGCUGCACUAUUUUGGGCAUUAUUAUCACGAGACGCGGUUAUUAGCUCACCGGAUCUGGACAUGAUCGCAGUAAAAUUAAUGUCAAGCUUUCCCGUGGUAAACACAGUUUCCUGAUAAUGGUCAUUGCUGGUUCUUUUUUUGAAGUGCACGUUGGAGGUUACUAAUUAAGGAGCGAUUUUGAUUUAAAUUAAUGAGGCGUGCGCUCUCGUGGGCAACUCCCGCUUCUGAUAAGAGCUCAGUCCGCGAGGGAAGGUGACACUCGCUGCCAGCGGAGUAAAAAAGAAAACGAGUGAAGCUGUGUGCACUCACGGGGACAUUUUGCUUACUUUUAUGUAGAAAUUUUAACUGUAUCAGGGAUGGAGCUGUUCGGCAGUUCGCAGAUGCGCUUUUGAAGAUUGCUGCAGAUUGUAGGGACUAGUUUACUAAAGUUUGGGUUCUUUUUACGGCACAAACCAGCGAGUAAAACACGGCUGAGAGAUCUUAUUUAACCCUUGGGAUCGAACUACAACGAAGGAGCUCCCCUCGAGCCCGCACCAUGGCCACUAGCUCGCGGGACAGCUGCUUCUGGUUGCUCUGGAGACGCACCCUCCUCGCGCUUUGGCUGUGCGCUGUAGGAGCGCGUGCAGCGGAAGGGAGCGCGUUUAACACAGAGGCAUGGCUGAGGAUGUACGGUUACUUGCCCCAGGCUAGCAGACAGAUGUCGACCAUGCGAUCAGCUCAGAUCCUGUCCGAUGCUAUCAGCGACAUGCAGCGAUUCUACGGUUUGGAGGUCACUGGAGAGAUCGACGCUCAAACUCUAAGUGCCAUGAAGAGACCCCGCUGCGGUGUGCCUGACAAGUUUGGAGGCCAGAUCAAAACCAACGUUCGGCGGAAACGUUAUGCCCUCACUGGACAUAAAUGGAACAAAAAGCUCCUCACUUACAGUAUUCAGAACUACACUCCAAAAAUUGGAGAGUAUAACUCGUUUGAGGCCAUCAGGCGGGCCUUUAAAGUCUGGGAGAGGGUCACCCCACUGAGCUUUGACGAAAUCCCCUACCAGGACAUCAAAUAUGGACGCCGUAAGGAGCCCGACAUCAUGAUCUUCUUCGCUUCAGGUUUUCAUGGAGACAGCUCUCCUUUUGAUGGGGAGGGGGGCUUUCUGGCUCAUGCCUACUUCCCUGGACCUGGAAUGGGUGGAGACACGCAUUUUGACUCUGAUGAACCAUGGACCAUAGGGAACCAUAAUGUACAAGGUAAUGACCUCUUCCUGGUAGCAGUCCACGAGCUGGGACACGCCCUGGGCUUAGAGCAUUCCAACAAUCCUCUUGCCAUCAUGGCUCCCUUCUACCAGUGGAUGGAAACGGAGAACUUCCAGUUGCCAGAGGAUGACCGGCGGGGGAUACAACAGAUCUAUGGUCCUCCUGACAGCAGUCCCACCCAGGCCUUGCCUACAGUGGCACCACGUCGCCCAGACCCCAGACCACCUCAAACACCUCCUCGGCAACCUGAUAGGCCCAGGACCACCGAAAGGCCAGAUCAUUAUGGACCCAAUAUCUGUGAGGGGAACUUUGACACUGUUGCUAUGCUCCGAGGAGAGAUGUUUGUCUUCAAGGGCCGCUGGUUCUGGCGUGUGCGUAGGAACAGGGUUCUGGAUAACUACCCCAUGCCAAUCGGUCACUUUUGGAGGGGUCUCCCUGGCGACAUUGAUGCUGCAUAUGAGAGACAUGAUGGCAGGUUCGUCUUCUUUAAAGGAAACAGAUUCUGGCUUUUCAGAGAGGCUAACCUGGAACCAGGCUACCCACUUGAGCUAGUCGAUUAUGGUAUAGAUAUUCCCUACGACCGAAUAGACACAGCCAUCUGGUGGGAGCCAUCCGGCUACACUUACUUCUUUCAAGGAGACAGGUCAUACACCUACUUCUAUAAGGGUUCCAAGUACUGGAAGUUUGACAACCACCGUAUGAAAAGCGAACCGGGCUAUCCAAAAUCCAUCCUGAGAGAUUUCAUGGGCUGCAGCGUGGACCUGGAUCCCGACAGAGACACGGACACGGACUCGGGCCGCAAAUACCCAGAUGUAAGCCGCCCGCCAUUUAACCCCGACGCAGGACGUGACGGCGACAAGGGCAAAGACCGGGACGGAGCAGAUCGCGGAGGAACAGACAAAGACAAAGGCUCAGACGGCGACAAAGAUCAAGACUCUCGCGAGGGACGUGAGGAGAAGACCAACGAGGUGGAUGUGGUACUGAAGGUGGACGACAGCCAGGAGCGGACCAUGAGCAUCCUGAUGGUAACCAUCCCACUGGUCCUGGUGCUGUGCAUCCUGGGACUGAUCUAUGCCAUCAUCAACACGCUGCAGAGCAAAGGGGCGCCGCGCCUGCUGGUGCACUGCAAACGCUCGCUUCAGGACUGGGUCUGACCCCCGAUGUUAGGUCUUUGAACGCUGAACUUGAUUUAAACCUUAGAUGCGCCCUCCUCCUCUAAUCUAGCCCUCUUCCCAGUGAUCCAUCUGUCUCCAGUCUCUGUGCUCAGUGGCUCCUGCAGCUCUGUGGUAGUAGAUCCAUGCAAAUACUGUAAUGAUACAUAGGCACACACAAACUAGACGCGAGCGUAACUUAUGUCUUACAUUCUCAAACACACACAGACACACACACACCUCUCUAACCUCCUCCUGUCUCCCAUGGUGCUCUACAAUGCAGUGACUGUAGUCUAUUUAUAUGAGAGAAGUUUGCACAUAGUUUUGUUCUUUUUGUUUUGGUUCAUUUUAUGUGACUUUUUUGUUGUUGUUGUUAUUAUUACUUCUAAACCAGGAAGGCCGGUCUAUUCUCUCUCACAUCUCCGCUCCGCCCUCCUCCUUCCCCUUAUCGCCGUAGGGGCUUUUUCCUCGCCGAUAACCCGACAUCAGCUUAUGCUAUCUCAGUUGCCACAAAAGGAAGAAAUUCAAAGCAUUAAAACGAUUUGUAGACAGACCACAGUGCUUCAAGCGGGGUCCAGAAGGGUUCUUUCCUUCCUCUCGUCAGCUCCGUGUUUCUUAUCUUUCCUUUUCUCUGCAGGCGAAUCUGUGAAGAGGUGUUUUGGGACCUGCAACGAGCUCAGAUAUUAUUUUCUUUGACUCUUCUUGAUGGUGAUUAGGGUGUGAUUGUAAGUCUGAAGGUUAAUUCAGAGUUCAGAUUGUUAGUCAGAGGAGGGCAGGUUUGUUUUUAAAUCAUUAAAUCUUAUUGUUGCAGUCUCUCCUAUUUAUGUUAAUAAUAACUCUGUAUUCACUGUGAGAUCUGAGAAGGUUACGUGUAUAUCAGUCAAACAGGGUUUAAACAAACAAGAUAAUAAAGCCAGAGCUGCGCGGCUAUUACGUACUUUUAAUUUCUUGUAACCUUCCUGAACAUAUUAUUUAUUUAGACAAUGCAAAGUAGUGAAAAAAGACAUUUUUCUAGGUAUAUGAUACAGUAGCCUAAGACUGACAAUUGGCUAUUUAACUUCAUUGACAAACAAAUCGAUGCACUCUGCAGACACGCAGUGUUACUCUAUGUCUGUAUCCACUUUUGUCUCUGGAAAAGAUUUAGUUUUCCAGUCCGGCAGCUAUAAAAGCUUUUAAGCUUUUCAACCUCACUCGUGUUUUUAUGCCAGUAGACAGAAUUAACCAGCAACACAGUCACAUGAUUCUAUAAUCAACAGAGAGAGCGGUCAGUUGGUUUUCUGUCCGUAAAUUAAGAUAAGAUAAACAGAAUAUUAACUUCCACAGUGUUUUAUGUUACUGUCACGUUCUCUGUGAUUGUCUCACUGAGGUUUCAGGCCAUCGUGUAGUCAUUUUGAUAUCAGCCCGUAUACUUUUAUGAUUACAUAUAUACAACAUAACAGAUAGAAACAUUGGCACUGCGAAUAAAUUAACCCUUUAAGGUCAGAUGACUAAUGCCUUCCAUAUCUUGUGUUCACACUGAUGGACAGUAGGUCUGCCUUCUUUCUUUCCCUUAUUUGGAAGCUUGUCUUGUUAAAGACCUCUCUGGCUGAAAGGAUAAAUAGACUAUAAAGGGGACCUCUUCCUUUAGUUCUCAACUGUGGGGCUAAUUCUCAGAGAUCCUCUUUUAUGUCAAAAAUGAGACCCGUCCUUUGUGCCGUGAAGGAGAUGGACUAAUAGUUAAUGAACAAAGUCAGCUCACUGUGAAAUAACACAGGAGGGAGAGCAUCUGGGUGUGCGAGAGAUAUAAAAGGGGGAAACAAAGCAUUCACGGAGUGCAGCUCGUCUAUCAUGCAUCUUUUACUGCUAGUGUUUUUUAAAGAAACUUCUGGGAUGAUAUGCAGUCUUACUGUAAGCACCAGGGUGGGCUCAGGCCAUGAGGGCUUAUGUGAACACAGACUAAUCCUCCUCAUCAAAUAACAGCAGGUGUGCGCAAAUGCCGUUAACCUCUAAACUAAACUUUGACCUUACCGAGUCAAAACAGUCGGCUUUCGUUUCAUCUCUCGAGAAGGCAUGCACAGAAAAUUGCCUCUUUAUUACGCAGAGUUCUCAGUCUUUGUCAGUGCAUUCAGACACACAUUGGAAAAUUGGUGUAAAACGGUUGCUACGCUGAUAAAGAGUCACGAAAGGCUAAAACCAAGUGUGGUGACCUUUUAAAGUCAACAUUUUUCUUAAUGGCAGCGAUUUAUCUCAUCGUGAUGAGUUUAUGCCUGAAGAUAAGGCAUAAAAUGAGUGUGUGAGUGAAAGUGUUUAGAGGUUUGAUUUCAGACAUAAAUUGGAGGAAGGUUUAUCUGAGGUAGCAUUUAGAGCUAAGCUGCCACUCUGACCUGGGGGGGUGGGGGGUUGGCUCAGCUCACACAGCUCAGGUUACACAAACGGGGAGGGUAUCGAGAGUCUGAAUUUCUUGCAGCUGAGAAAAGGAAAGGGGGGAGGAGGACUGAGGGAACGCGCCUGACCUCGGCUCCCUGAGCUUGCAAAGUUUAGAUCUCAGGAAUAAGGAAGGGUGGGAAGAAGGAGGAGACAAAGAGAAGAGGGAGAGAGAGUUGGCAACAGCCCAUGUGACCCAGAUUCCCUUGCAAGUUCAGCAGCAGUGCUGGCCAAAGAGGAAACUUUCGCUUACAGUAGGUGACGGGCCUCGUUUAAGAAAGCUUGUAGUUUUGGAUAAGCACAUGCAUGCUUUAGAGCCUCCUUAUUGGCAGCAUUCAUACUUAUUUUCCAUGGAUCCAGUGCUCAUGUCAGUGCAGGUGCAAAGCCAUUUCUGCCUCGGUGCCUUUUAAUAAAGUCACAUUUCCACAGGUGAAGAAUCAAAUAUUAUAAAAGAUGUUGAAUAGUAGUUGGGGUCAUUUCUGUGUUGCGGAUAUUAUGUCAGACAGUCAUGGGAGAAUUUUUCUGUAGAACAUUGUCAUAUCCAAAACAAUGUUUGGUGCCAGCUUUUUGCAGUUCUUGUCAUUUUUUGGCUGAAAUACAUUAAACUUCUAAACUGGGCACCAGCACUCUGUCCAUGGAUAAAAGUGUAAGUGCAUUGGCCUAACCUGAUACUGCUGUUCUGCUAGGCCUCCCACUAAGAGAAGAUAGGGCAAAGUGAGACACCUAAGUAGUCAGACCUGAAGUUAACAGGAUACCCAUACUGAAAGGAGGAAAAGGAAGAGCAAACUCAGCCGUCACCAGAAGUCUGGAGAUUGAUCUGAGGCAGGUCGAUAGCAGUUGCCAGGAAACGGUGUCCCGUGUCCAUCCCUCAUCUCCUCAUCGUGAAGCUUUUGUGGGGAAGGAGGGGUUGGCGGACGCAGCUAAUCAGCUUUAAAAGCACUCCCUCCCCCUCUCCUCUACUGUCCUGCUCUUCCAUUUGGUCCUUCAGGCACAUCAAUGAGCGUUCAGACAGCCCAGCGUCUGGACAGGCUCAGAAAGUGCCUACUCAUUGCGUGAGACACCCAGUUGUUUAUGGAGUUCUUCUUUAUUAAGCCUCCUAUUCUCCUCUAUAACCUCCAAACAAAGAGCCCACAGGGAGUUAACCACUUCAAAGCUAAAGUAACCACUUAAAAAGUCUGAAAGAGAGGUCCAGUGCACCUGAGUUUGCGUCACGCAGAAACACAGUUUUGGUGAUUCAGCAGUUUGAGCGAUUUUCUGUGAGGGGACACCGGCGGGUUUAAUACAGUUUAUUUGUCUCAGGACACCAAGCAGAGGAGAAGUAUUGAAGGGUUAGGAAGGAGAUCUGUCAGGGCUGAUUGAUGCCUGUUUGUGUGCAUGUAGAGGUGUUGAGUUAAUCAGCCCUCCUCUCUAUAAGCUAGGCCUGUGUUCUGACUGUAAAUCUCCCACACUCCACGUCUCUCCACGCUCGGCCCAGCCCUCAAAGCCCGAGGGGAUCAUAAUAAAAACAAUGGCCUUCUCUCUCACUCUCUUUGUCCUCCCCCUAUUUUUCUGUCUCUCUACAUACACACUAACACAUUAUUGUCACACACAGCAACGCUUGCUGGUAGAUCCACCUCCUCGUUCAGCAACUUUUAACACGAUUUGCUUUGAUUUUCGUUGAUGUCACGUUCAGAUUCAAAGCUUGCAAAAGCUGAAGUUCAUUUUGAAGUGCAUAGCCUUAAUGCAAGUUUUAGGUAAGGUUAGGAUAUGCUGAUCUCAGUGUGAGCUUUCAUCUCUCUCAGGAUGUGUUUCUGUAAAGACUGCACGUUAAGCAUUUCUCAUUCAACCCUGAUGUUUUGUUCUUUUUAAUGAACAUCUGUUAAAAUCUCCACAGUCGGUCUGAAGCCAGGUUGUAUUGUAGCCGUGUCUUCUCUCUCCACACAGUGUGCUUUUUAGCUUGCAGCUUCCCACCGUCACAGUGUAUCUCUGCACUGCCUAAUCACUGCAAGCUUCAAAAAGUCGUUGCAUCAGCCCUGUGCAAAACCCAAACUCUAGGAGGAAAAACAGAUUAAUAAAUAACAAACUAAAAAAGAUUAAAACAAAAUCUGUUGGACUUGACAGACUGUUUUCCUGUUUCAGUUUGUCUUGGGUUAACUUUGUGGCUUACAAUGACUCGAGCCAAGGGGAUUGUGGGAUGUCCAGAUGCUUCUCUCUUUUCCCAGAGUGCAUCUCAGCUUGCUCUCUGAGCCCAUCCACUCUGAAACCACUCAUCUGAAAUCACCACUCGGCAAACCCGGCCGCUCAGCUCGGGAAUGAAACAAAAGCAGCACCUGACAAAUGACUUUCAGCAUCCGUCUGCAGCGGAUCAGCUCUCGUCGUGCUUCAAACAGACACUGAAACUGUUGAGUAACUUAGGAAAACUGUUUCCAUCCACUAACUGCAGCUACUGUAGAGAAGAGUAUAUUUUGAAGGAUUCAGUCACUUCUGUGCUGACCAUCGAUAACGAACCAUGGCAUCUCACAGCAUCUCUCUUCAUUACUGCCGGAGUAAUGUUUCAGUGAUUUUCUGAAAAAAAAAACAAACAGAAAAAAAACCCUGUGUGGGACUAGAUGAAAAAAAAAAACCUCUGUUUGUCUUUGAUCAUUUGUCUUAUUUUGAUUUGAUUU